CCACAGAGCUGCGGAGCGGCGCGGUCCCUAGCAGCACCUCCCUAACAUCUCCCGUUGGCCACGCUGGGCAUGCUCAGUCUGCAGGGCCGCUUCAGCCCUCCGCGUAGCAAGCUGGGGCGCUCCGGCUGCAAGGAGCAGUGGCGGGGGGAAAAUGGAGCCCUUCACCAGUGAUCGGCUUCCGCUCCCUAGGAAUAUGAUUGAAAACAGCAUGUUUGAGGAAGAGCCAGAUGUGGUGGAUUUAGCCAAAGAGCCUUGUUUACAUCCUUUAGAACCUGAUGAGGUGGAAUAUGAGCCUCGGGGUUCACGACUGCUGGUGCGGGGUCUUGGUGAGCAUGAGUUGGAUGAGGACGAAGAGGAUUGUGAGUCAUCUGCCAAGCUGCUGGGCAUGUCCUUCAUGAACAGAAGCUCAGGCCUUCGGACCAGUGCAACUGGCUACAGGCAGAGCCCAGAUGGGACUUGUUCAGUACCCUCAGCGAGAACCAUGGUGGUCUGUGCUUUUGUCAUUCUGGUUGCUGUUUCUGUAAUCAUGGUGAUUUAUCUACUGCCCAGAUGUACCUUUACCAAAGAAGGCUGCCAUAAGAAAAACCAGUCAAUGAAACUUAUUCAGCCAAUUGCAAGAAAUGGGAAGUUAUUUCCAUGGGCACAAUUCAGGCUUCCCACUGCCAUUAUGCCACUUCGCUAUGAACUUAACCUACACCCAAACCUAACCUCAAAGACAGUUAGGGGUUCUGUGACAAUUUCACUUCAGGCUCUUCAGGCCACAUGGAAUAUCAUUCUUCACAGCACGGGCCAAAAUAUUUCAAGAGUGACCUUUAUGUCAGCAGUUUCAAGCCAAGACAAACAAGUUGAGGUCCUGGAAUAUCCAUUUCAUGAACAAAUCGCCAUUGUUGCCCCAGAAACCCUUCUUGAGGGACACAAUUAUACCUUGAAGAUAGAGUACUCAGCAAAUAUGUCGAAUUCUUACUAUGGGUUUUAUGGUAUCUCCUACACAGAUGAAAGCAAUAAGAAAAAAUACUUUGCAGCAACUCAAUUUGAACCCCUAGCAGCAAGAUCUGUUUUUCCUUGUUUUGAUGAACCAGCAUUUAAAGCCACAUUUAUUAUCAGGAUCAUGAGAGAGGAGCAACACACUGCUUUAUCAAAUAUGCCUAAGAAGUCAUCAGUCACUAUGAAAGAUGGACUUAUUCAGGAUGAGUUUUUUGAAAGCGUGAAGAUGAGCACUUACUUGGUUGCUUUCAUUGUGGGAGAGAUGAAGAAUCUGACUCAGGACAUAAAUGGAACCCUGGUUUCUAUAUAUUCUGUUCCAGAAAAGAUUGGUCAAGUUCACCAUGCCUUGGAAACAACUGUGAAGCUUUUUGAAUUUUUUCAAAACUACUUUGAAAUUCAAUACCCACUUAAGAAAUUGGAUUUGGUGGCUAUUCCUGACUUUGAAGCAGGAGCAAUGGAAAAUUGGGGUUUAAUUACCUUCCAAGAAAAGACACUUCUGUAUGACAAUAAUACUUCUUCAAUGGCGGAUAGAAAACUAGUUACUAAAAUCAUCGCUCAUGAGCUGUCCCAUCAGUGGUUUGGUAACCUGGUAACAAUGCAGUGGUGGGAUGAUCUGUGGCUAAAUGAAGGGUUGGCUACUUUCAUGGAGUAUUUCUCUUUGGAAAAACUAUUCAGUGAGCUGUCCAGUUAUGAAGAUUUCUUAGAUUCUCAAUUUAAAACCAUGAAGAAAGAUUCCUUGAAUUCAUCUCCUCCAAUAUCGUUGUCUGUUCAGUCUUCACAACAGAUUGAAGAAAUGUUUAAUUUUCUUUCCUAUUUUAAGGGAGCUUCUCUUUUGUUGAUGCUAAAAACUUUUCUUACUGAAGAUGUAUUUCAACGUUCUCUUGUCCUUUACCUGCAUAAUCAUAGUUAUGCAUCCACUCAAAACAAUGAUCUGUGGGAUAGUUUUAAUGAGGUCACAAACAAAACACUAGAUGUGAAGCAAAUGAUGAAAACUUGGACCCUGAAGAAAGGAUUCCCUUUAGUGACUGUGCAAAGGAAAGGAAUGGCGCUCCUUGUACAACAGGAACCAUUCUCUUUGAACACGAAGUCUGAAAUCCCACCCUCAGAUGCAAGCCAUCUGUGGCAUAUUCCACUCUCCUUUGUCGCUGAGGGAAGAAAUUAUUCAAAAUAUCGAUUGGUAUCAUUUCUGGACAAGAAAUCAGAUGUCAUCAAUCUUACAGAAGAAGUGCAGUGGAUCAAAGUCAAUACAAACAUGAGUGGCUAUUAUAUUGUACAUUAUGCAGAUGAGGACUGGGAUGCACUCAUCAAACAGCUGAAAAUAAAUCCUUACGUCCUGAGUGACAAAGAUCGGGCAAACCUCAUCAACAACAUCUUUCAGCUUGCAGGCCUAGGCAAAGUGCCUCUUCGGAGGGCCUUCAAUUUGAUUGGUUAUCUUGGAAAUGAGACCUCCACCGCACCCAUCACUGAAGCCCUGUUGCAGACAGGCCUCAUCUAUGACCUCCUUGAAAAACUGGGGUAUAUGGAUCUGGCCUCAAGAGUGGUGACCAGGGUAUUUCAAUUGCUUCAAAACCAAAUUCAAAAACAAACUUGGACUGAUGAGGGCAACACAUCUGCUCGAGAGCUGCGGUCAGCCUUGCUGGAAUUUGCUUGCACCCACAGCCUGGGGAACUGCAGCACUGUCGCCCAGAAGCUGUUUGAUGAUUGGGUGGCAUCCAACGGAACUCAAAGCCUACCUACUGAUGUCAUGACUGCUGUGUUCAAAGUUGGAGCAAAAUCUGAGACAGGCUGGCAAUUCCUCUUAAGCAAGUAUGUCUCCAUAGGCUCUGAAGCAGAGAAGAAUAAAAUACUUGAAGCUCUUGCCAGCUCAGAGGAUGUACGGAAACUUCACUGGUUAAUGAAAACCAGCCUCAGUGGAGAUAUCAUCCGAACUCAAGAGCUGUCAUUUAUCAUUAGAACAGUGGGCCGAGGCUUUUCUGGAAACUUACUGGCGUGGGAUUUUGUCAAAGAGAACUGGGAUAAGCUUGUACAGAAGUUCCAUCUGGGUUCCUAUACCAUACAAAAUAUUGUUGCUGGAUCAACUCACCUGUUUUCAACAAAGGCACAUUUGUCGGAGGUCCAGGCAUUCUUUGAAAAACAGUCAGAGGCAACCUUUCGGCUUCGUUGUGUCCAGGAAGCUUUGGAAAUCAUUCAGUUGAAUAUCCAGUGGAUGGAGAAGAACCUUGAAACUCUGACGUGGUGGCUGUAGCAUGCAAAACUGCACCUCAUUUUGUCAUCCCUCAGAGAGCUUGUUAACUUGGGCUCUGUUUGUUAACUUUUGCAAAAGCCAAGGCAAAGCCAAGGAUUGCUGCUGAGUUGUUUGCACUCUUAGGAGUUCUAGUUAGCUCAGGGCCCAUCUGUAUUUUUCAUCAGUCUUUCCUGAAAUGUCAUUGGGUAGUAUGUAGUUAUUUAUUACAAAAUUAUAUUCGCCUAUAUGCCAAUCAUCUACAAAAACAAUGAUUAAUUUUUCUACUUUGAAGAUACACAAAUGAGGAAUAAAAUCUGUUUUGGAAUUCUAUUCUAUUGCUCGGUAUCUGUAAAGUAUUGACCCAGUGAACAAGGAAAAAUCUACUACGGCAGCCACCAUCUUUGCAGGCUGCUGGUUUGUGAGCCAUUUGUUGCUUCUUAUUGAUAGAUGUUAUUUGAAUGUGGUAACAGCUUUAAAAAGUAUGACAGUGAAAUCAAUGAAGCAUGCAACUAUAGAGGACUAAUCUCAGGUGUGCAGAUCUACUUUGAUUUGGGGUUUUCAUUAAUCCUUUAUUUCUUGGAAAAUUCUUAAAUAAGAUCUGUAACUAUUAUAUUUUUUCUGCAGAAUAGCCAGGUGCUACAGAAUUUUUAAAUUUUUGUUAUAUCGAGAAGCUAAAAAGGCCAAAAGAUUCAAUUUUCCCAAUAUUUAACACUUUCUUUUUCAUCUUUCGGGAAAAUGUUUCAAACUAAGUUAGCUUUAAUUAUAAUUAUUGUAUUCAUAAAUUUCAAUAUUCUCCAAAUCUGUACACUGUAGUACUCCCUGCCAUAGAUAUACUUUAUGUUAUAAAUAAGUAUUUCCACAGUUACGGCAAACAUUUUGUUAGUACUGGUAUCUUUUAUCAUGACUUUAUCACUGUUACUAAGAACACAGGUUGUUUUAGUUGCCUUUUGGCAUGAAAGACUACAGACACUUUCUCUCUGAAUCAUACUCAUGGAUGGAUUUUCAUUUUAUAUAAUAGAGUAGUACAUUAGAAACAUUUUAAGGUAGGGCCUUUGAGAAAUUGAACAUUUUUAUUUGAAGUUCACCAUAGUACCUUAAGGAAUAAAGAGAAUGUGAGAUACAGGUACCUUGAUUCAGGUUUAAUAUGGUGGACUUUGAAUUUUUUUCUACUCUCAGAUACAGAACUUUUCUUUAGUUGAAAAUUCAUAGUUUUAUUUUAUCAUGGCCAAACUAACAGACUAAAAGGAAUGGCCAAGGGAGGGAGGGAGAGAAGGGAAGGAAGAGAAGGGAAGGGAAGAAGGAAAAGGAAGGAAAAGGAAAGGGAAGGAGAAAGAAAUCCAAAACUGUAUGGCAUUUUUAUUCCUUCUAAAGGGGAAAUACUGUACUUGAAUUUGUUGAGCUGUGCAGACUUAUACCUACAUUGUUGCAUUUCUUAAAUUUUUAGGAGAAAAGCUUUCUUCCUAAUAAUUCUUAUACUUUAUAUUUUGUUUGACAACAUCUUCUAUGUACAAAAAAGACUAAGUGAUCAUUUGCAAACACUUAAAAACACUCCACAGAAUCAGACUAUGGGAAAGGUCAGCUUUUUUAUUCUGCAAGUAUAAAGUGAAAAUAUGUGGGAUUGUGUAUAAAAUUAUAUUUUAUUUUAUGAAAGUAUUUUUAUAUCACAAAGUUUAAAAGGCUGGCAAACUAAAAGAUAGCCUUCUUUACUCCCUAGUAUGUUUUUGCCCAAUUUUAUCUUUUCUAAACAUUUAUCUGUCUGUUUUAGAGUAAAAAAUAUGAUAUCGUGAGAAUCAUGGAAUCAUCUAAAGAUAUCUUAUUGAAACCGGGGUGAUUAUAGGUCUUUAUUCCUCUUGUGCUUCAGUAAAUGAAUGAUAAUUUAGUUGAUAAUGGAAGUUAGUGAGUUUUUAUAUUUUUAGAGUGGGGAAAAAUAAUAAACUUUUGAGGGAUAUUUUUUGUUGCUGGUUUUUUACCAUACUAUAUUACUGGAUUCCACUUUGAUACAGAGUUUAAAUUUUGCUACUUCUCCAAAUCAGUUAAGAUACUUCAGUUUUAAUCCCCCAUCUUUACAUUGCUCCUGUAACAUGUUAACUGUGCAAAAUGGCAAAUCUUGUCUUGAAUUAUAUCAUUUUUUCCUCUGUGUGUGUGUGUGUGUGUGUGUGUGUGUGUGUGUGUGGUAGGGGGUAUUAUUAUAAAUAAAAGCUUGUCUAAACUUUGGCUAAAAAAGAAUUAACUCAUAAUCCAUUGCAAGAUAUCUUUGUAUUCAAAAGCCAUUCAUUCCCAUGAGACUGGAUCAUACUAUUUGUAGUUUUGUUUGUGAGCCUCACUUCAGAUUAUUUGCACUUUAGCAAGUCUCACCUCAAAUUUUCCCACAGAAUCCCGUAGUUUUUAAUGUUGUACCAACCCAUUAUAUGAUGCUUCUAAAAAUUAACCUAAACGAGGAAUAUAAGGUUAAGUAAUAGAUAAAACAUGUAGUAUAAUAAGUUUAAUUACAGCUUUUGAAGAUUUUUUCCCCAAAACUUUGUCUUAGCAACUGUAUUUCUGAGACUUCAUAUAGAUUAAAGCACAGCAGCCAGUCACAGUAUGCUUUUUAUAUAAGCAUGUAGGUCCAUGACACAAUUAAGUACUUGUUUGACAAGUAUUAUGUCACUGCAGAGAGACAAUCUACUUGAAUGUAAUAUAAAAGACAUAGCACAGUAGAUACUUAGGAAGGGUAGAAUAGGAAAUCUGGAAUUGUGGGACACAAACUUACGCUUUGCAGAUCUUAAAGACCAUAUGAAAGUAGGAAUCUAAGGAGUCCAGUUUGUUCUGUUAAUAUCAAGUGAUUGGAUAUAGUAAACUGCAAAGAGUGCCCACCUCCAUCUUAAUUUUUUAUGUAAAUCUAAUCAAGAAAUUGUGUUCUUUGUUGUUGCUUCAGUGUUCAUGAACUUUCUUAUGGUCACAGUUUCCACGUAGUUCUAAUAUUCUUUGCCAUUCGUUUUCUUCAUUUAAUUGUACUUUAGCCAUUGUGGGCAAAAAGAGCUGGCAGAAGAGCCCUGGGUGUGUGGAGGACGUCUGCCACAUCCGUCUGACUGGGUACAGAGUAGAGUCCUUUCGGAAUAUUGGAAAUUAAGAGAAGAAAGUUAAGUGUUGGGAGUGUCAUUAAUGAUUAGCCUAGUACCAAGUUAGAUUUUAAAAGAGUCUACUCAGACAAGCACCUGGAUAGUCUACAGUCAGAUUGCUGAAUGUUCACAUGAUUCCCUUGAGUUUCUCGGGGCUUCGGGGAAGGUGUGUAUUGUCACCAAGGAUGGCAGUUCCUGGGCUGAGUUUACAAAACGAGACCUGAAUUUUCUGACUAUGAUGUAGCUCUUCUUCUCCCCUUGCCUUUGUUUUUAUUGGAAUUAACUCUCUUUUUAAAGAGCUUCCCCCUACCCCCAUUUGUAUUUUUUAAAAAUAAUGUAUAUAAUUUUGCUGUUUUUUGCAUUCUUUUAUUUUGUGCUUCAUUCUCUCUCUGCAUUGGCAAGUACGUACCAAAUGUAAAGUGGAGGUCCAAAAGUAUGAUAAAUCUCCUCUUCUCCUUUUCCCUUAUUGCCAGCAUGGGCAAUAGCUAGUAGAAUAGUUGAUUGAUUUCUUUCAGUGGCUAUUUGGGGGUAUAUACUUUAAAAAUGUACAUAGAGUUUUUGAUGUGUUUUUAUAUUCUUUCAUUCUGUAUAUUUUGUCCUGAUGAACAGUGAAAUAUUGUCCACAACAGUCUCUUCUGCCUUCCCGUAUUGUCUGUGUGAGCAACAGCUGUAGAGGCUUUUAUUUCCUUUUUUGGAAGGAGGUUGUGGCAUUGAGAGGAGAGCAGAGUAUGUUCUUUGAAAAAAAUGUGUAUAAGUGUGUUCACCGCUUUUUUGUAGAUGUUGUUUCAUUUUUGUAUUUUAUUCAUCAUUCAUGGACAUGCGGAUAUCUAGUGAACCAUGGAGGUCCAUGAGUAUGACAGAUGUCCCAUUUACCUUUAUUGCCUGCAUGGACAAUUCCUAUUAGGGUGGUUGUUGCUGUCAUUUGGAUCUAGUCUUAUGGGUAGAGGAAGAUCAGUAUCAUUCUUUCAAAUGUACAUGAAUGUUAUGCUGCUUAUUUAUAUUUCAUUUUAUAUGUGUUCUUUUGCAUGUGUGCAUAAGUGCUUAAUGAAAAUUGAGGCCCAGAGAAUGACAGAUUUCCUCUUUUCCUCAUUGCUUCUUUGGACAAUAGCUGAUAGAAUAGUUUCUUUUGUUUUGUUUUGUGCUAUAGGAGAGAAUGGAGCAUGUACGUAAUGUAUAUAAAUAAAUUUGCUACUACUUUGUAUUACUAAUUCAUUUCGUGCUGUGUCCUUCUCAUAGGAUGUUUAAGUACGUAAUGAGACAUGGAGGUCCGGAUGUAUGACAAUCUCCUCUGGUCCCCUUCCCUUAUUGCCUGUGUGGGCAAUGGGUAGUAGUGUAGUUAUUGGAGUGGGUUGGGGGAGGGGUGGUCAGGGACAGGCAGGAAGGGAUGUGUACUUACUGUAUAUAUCUGUUUUUACUACUGUGUUGUAUUAUUGCAUUGGGUGCCCAGACUGGAAGGUACCUAAUGAAACCUGGAGGUCUGGAUGGAUGACAAUCCCCUCCUCUCCCCUUCCCUUUUGCCAGAGUAGGCAGUAGCUAUGAGAACACUUUAUUACUUUCAGGGUUCUUUCGUGGGUAUUGGGGUAAACACUGUACUUUUUACUUUCUUAUUAUAAUAUUUCAUUAGCACCCAGUCCUUCACUCGGACAUGUAGGUUGCUAAUGAACCAUGGGGUUCUGGAUAUAUAGCGAUCCCCUUUCUCCCUUUCCCUUUUUAUCUCUGUAGGCAAUAAUUUUAAAGCAGUUGGGGCUUUUUGGAGGUUUUUUGUGGGGGUUGCUGGAAGGAACUAAGGGCAGGAUAUACCCUUUUUAAAUUGUAUAUGCAGUGUUUGUUAUUAUGUUGUGUUAUUCCUUUCUGUACUGUGUCCCUUACCUGGACGUGUAGGUACCAAAUGAGACAUGGAGGUCCGAAUGUAUGAAAAUCUCCACUUUCCCCCUUUCCUUAUUGCCUCUGUGGGCAAUAGUUUCAGAGUAGUGUAGCUUAUUUUUUUUACUCUACCACUCCCUCCCCUAGGAGGGUGGUAAUAAGUACUUUUAAAAAUGCAUAUAAAUAUUUUUGCUUUUUUCUCUUAUUUCAUUUUGUACCUAGACUUUUCCAUGGACACUUAGGUACAUGGUGAAAAUUAAAGCUCAUCCUAUGAAAAAGAUCUCCUCCCCUUCCCUAUUGACUGUCUAGGCAGAGACCCAGAUCCAGGGGUGUGGUAAAUCUUUUCUCCCGUACCCUGCAGCCUGUGUCCAUGGACUUAGUAUGAGAAUACUGAAGGGCUCAGGGUGUGUUUGUUUGUUUGUGGAGGCUUCCAAUGGGGAAUUGGGUUUUUAGGUAAGAUAUGUAGUUUUUAAAUUGUAUAUAAAUGUUUUGCCUCUUUUUGUUGCUCACUUUAUUUUGAAUAUAUUUCUUUGCAUGACUAUUUAGAUAUUUUGUGAAAAUUGAGAUUGAUUCUAUGAAAUAUCUCCCCUACUCCCCUUCCCUCAUUGCCUGGUGGGCAAUGGUAGAAGAAUAGAUGUUUGGUUGCUUUUUUUGGAGGGGUAGAAGUGUGGGGGAGGUCUGGGCAUGUGUACUUGUGUGGGGUGUGGGUGUGUAUAUUUUUUAAUGUGUAUAAAUGUUUGCUACAUUUGUGUAUUAUUUAAUUUAGUGCUCAGUCCUUUGGUGGGAUUUGUAAGGACAUAAUGAAACAUGGAGGUCCAGACCCAUGAUAGCUGUCCUCUGCUCCCCUUUCCUCACUGCCUGCAUAGACAGUAGUUUUAUAAUUUCAGUUUGUUUUUUAGGGGCUAGGAUUAUUUGGGUGGGUAGGGCUAGGGGGAAAGGGCAGGGUAGGGACUUUAAAUAUGUAUAUUUUUUAUACCUGGUCCUUUGCGUGGGUGUGUAGGUACGAAUGAAAACCGAGGGUCAGUGUAUGACAGAUCUCCCCUCUGCCCUGCCCCUAUUGCCUGUGCAGGCAUAUCGAUGACUAGAAUAGUUGCGUGUUGUUUACUGGCUUGUUUGUUGUAGAGGGAUUUAUAUUUUUAGCAGGGAAAUAUUUUUAAUGAAUAUAAACAUGUUUUCAUUUCUUUGUGAGUGCAUUUGUAUUUAGUCCAGUGCAUGGCUAUAUGGGGAUAUAAUGAAAAUUGAGUUUCAUAAACUGACAGAUCAUUUCUUCCUCUCCCACAUUUUUCCUGUUUUAGCAGUAGCUAGUACAGUUGUUGUUUUGUGGUUAGUUUGUUUUAUUCUCUAGCAUAUAUACCUAUAAAGAUGUAAAUACGCACACAUAAUUGGCUUCUUUUUUUAUUGUUUUCCUUUACUUCUUAGUGUCUUGCAGAGCUCUGAAUGUAUCUAACAAAAAUAAAGUCCCACUGAACCCCUGCCACCUGACUUGAAGGUGUAGCAUGGUGGUGGCGUCACUAACAGUGGGGGGCAUGUAGCCAGGAAGGUGGGAGGAGACCCUGGGAUAUGGCUGAGCUGUGAUAGCUAAUAAGACCCAGCUUUUCCUAGAUUGGUUCAAACUGAAUGAAAUGGUGGGAAGGGGCCUGUACUUUGGAAAUUCCAGAAAGGCAAGAGGACAAUCCUACGUAAAAGUAUGUUACGUACAAAAGUAUGUUUAAAGUUUGUUGUUGAUUAAUCUUUCAGUGAUUGGUAAGCCAAUAAAAGUCCCUUGAGAGUAGUUUCUUUUGAGGCCUGGAAUUCUGCUUCUUCCAUAGAAGUCUAUUGCAGUCUCAUCCAUGGCAUAUUCUUGCAUACCUGGUAAAAAUUAUUUUGAUUUUUGGAAUAAACCUUUUGAGUUAUUGCCAUGGUUCUAGUGAAUGACAAAGUGGGGCCAAAAACUAAUCCAAAAUGAAUUUGGGAGACAAGCCCUUCAAUCUUUCAACACCCACAUAUGAUAGGGCAAAUAGGUCCUUUCUUACCCAAAGCUCUUCUGUGUGGCUACCUCUCCCUCCUCAGUUCUCCGCUAGCUGGACCAUUCCUAUUUUUUUCCCCCUUUUUUCUUCAGUGCCUGCACCGUUAAAUGUUAUUUUUAAGUGCACUAAAAAAUGUAAGCCAUUGUUGCCUCAUUAGCUGGAUGUUUCUGCAUAUAUUUCAUACAUCCAGGCCUGCACGUUUGCUUUCAGCAUUCUCAAAUCAUGCAUCACAUGGACUGUUCCAUCCACCGCAGAGAAAAUGUUGAGACUCCACAUUUGUCUAUGUUAAAGAAAAGGCAUGUGUAAAAUCCAUCCUUCCGGCCCUCUCUUCCUCCCUUCCUUUCUUCCUCCCUUGCUUUCUUCCUUGGAGCAUCCUUUGUUGGUUCUGCAAUUUAUAAUGAAUCCAGUGCUGAAGGUUUGCCAUAUUAUUAUUACUUUAUUAAGAAACAUUGAAUGAUAGGACUCCUAGAAAAUUUGUGGAGAUGUUAUUUACCAUAUCAAACCCUCAGGUUCUUGUGUUGAAAAUUCAGUCUAUACUUUGCUGUUACUUAUACCUGCUGCUGUAGAAAAAAAAUGAGUUUAUUCAUGACACUUUUAGCUUUGAUCAUAAAUAAAAGAGAAGGGGGCACCUUUUUAGAGUUAGUCAUGGUAGUCAGUGAUAUUUCUGAACAGUUUUUAAUUUAAAAUACUUCAAAGAAAGUGGAGGUCAUGGCUUAACUGAAUGAAAUGCUCCAGAAGUUGAACUGUGUAAACCACCAGUACAAUAAUACACCCAUGUAUGCGUGUGUGUGUAUGAAAUGAGAAUCACAUUCUAAUUGGAGCAUUAAACAACAAACUCACAUUGAGACAAAACUUAGUCUUACAGCUGUCUUGACUCAAGCCAAGUGUUCUGUGUUGCUGUGAAGUCUCUUUCAAACACUUUGAAAAGUAAUUACUUGGAAACUUGUAAAAGUAUUACAUUUUUGUAUUUAAACACCUAUAGAGAUAUCCAAUUUCUUGAAACUGAGCUUGUGGGUGGAAUUCUAAAUUUAUAUAAACAAUAUGUCUUUUGUGGAAGAUUUUGAAAAUAAUAUGUGUGUAUAUAUGACAUUAUAUAUGCAAAUUGUACUGUGUCACAUAAAGGGAAAAGACUUAUUUUUCUUUAUAUUUCUGAUACCUUGUUUGGCAUAUGACGAGCACUGACUGAAAGGCAUGUGUAACUGCAAGCACUGUUGCUUUUUUUGUGUGAGAUGAAAAUAAAAGUAUUUAAAUAUAAAAA